GUGCUCAAUUAUUUUCCCAUCACUUCUGAUCUAACUCGAGUGCUCGAAGGUUGUAUUUGUGUUUUAUUUCUAAGAAGCUUAAAAAUGUCUGGACGUGGAAAGGGCGGAAAAGUGAAAGGAAAAACAAAGUCUCGCUCGAAUAGAGCUGGAUUACAAUUUCCAGUUGGUCGUAUUCAUCGAUUGUUACGAAAAGGUAAUUACGCUGAACGCGUCGGUGCUGGAGCACCAGUUUACUUGGCUGCCGUAAUGGAGUAUCUUGCUGCUGAAGUUUUGGAAUUGGCUGGUAAUGCCGCUCGUGAUAACAAAAAAACCAGAAUUAUUCCAAGACAUUUGCAAUUGGCAAUUCGUAAUGACGAAGAAUUGAAUAAAUUGUUAUCUGGUGUGACGAUCGCUCAAGGAGGAGUUUUACCAAAUAUCCAAGCUGUUUUAUUGCCCAAAAAGACAGAGAAGAAAGCAUAAUUAAUAAUUGCCAAAUGAGAACGAUCAUUUUCAAGGAUACAAUAAUUAAUGUUUCAUGACUCACAAAUAUUUCUAAAUACAUGUACGAAUAAAAUGUUUUGAUUGAUUUAUGAAAUAUUUUUGGCGGGACGUUCAUAUAAAAGGAUAAAGAGGUUAAGUGCAUUUAGAAAGUUAAUAUCAAAGGUUUACUUUAGAAAUAUUUACAAGAAAAAAAUUAAAUGGGACCAAAUUUUAAAAGCAUCAAAUAUUUCAAAUCUAAAAUGUUUAAACAAAUAUGUUAUAUUUAUUCAAGAUUUAUGUGGCGUUGUCCCAACUUUAAUCGUAUUAAAAAUAAAAAAAAGCAAUAUUAUGGUACG